AUGACGGGAAAUUAUCUCGCCCCAAGGAGGGAGGCAAGCGAGAGCUCGAGACUGCAAACUCGAAUUGCCAGCAACCUCGCGAAGGGAGGAAAGCACACGCGCAACCACAUCAACGGCAGCGACGACCGCGGCCAGCCAUGGGUUCCCGCGUGCCCUGGCGACGAUGCACGCAUCACGGACGUGGAGGCCUGUUCCCCGGCCUUCCAUGCUCGCCCUCGGUUCUGCGACGCCCCCAAGGGACGGCAGCGAGCGUCGAAUCCUCUCGUGAACCCUCCCUCGUCGACGCGGCCUCCGGCCCUCAACUCCCCCCAGCGUAGCGCCUUCAACUCGACGUUUCCCUACCUCUUUCAGCUCGGCAAGGCGUACCUCACGUUUUACAAGAACGGACUCAAGAGCGUGUGGGGGAAUCGCAAGCUGCUGCGGGAGAAGCUCGAGCGGACGCCCGCCGAGGACCGGCCGUCCGUCUUCCGACCCUACCACGUGCCCGAGUCGUUCUCGCGCGCCGAUUGGGUCCUGCUCUGGCGCGUCCGACACGACCUCCUGCGACUGCCGCUCUUCGGCCUCAUGCUCAUCGUCAUCGGCGAGUUCACGGCGUUCGUCGUCGUCUACGUCGACGGCGUCGUGCCCUACACCUGCCGGAUACCGAAGCAAAUCUACACGAGCCUGCAAAAGGCCGAGCAGCGACGCAAGGCGGCCUUUGACGAGCUCGACGGCCGACACCCGCACGGCGCCCUGAGUCCCCGCCUGACGGCGGCGGUGGCGCGAAAGCACGUCUUGAGGAGCCUGCACCUGACGGGCACCAUGUGGGAUCGGCUGGCCUUUACGCCGCCGGGCAUGUGGCAGCUCAAGGGCAAGCUGCGCAUGGCCUUCCUCGAAGGCGACGACAGGCGCCUCAUCGUUGACGGCGGGCCGCUGGAGCUCGAGCCGGAGGAGCUCCGGAUCGCCUGCAGCGAGCGAGGCAUCGACAUCAUCGGCAAGAGCGAAACGCGGCUGAGGGCCCUCCUCGGCGACUGGCUGCGGUUGACGGCGGCCGAGGAUGCCACGGAGAGGCGGCGGCGGAUGGCAACGCUCCUGCUGACGAGACCGGAGAACUGGCCGCAGCAACGAAAUUUCGCCGUGCCGAGUUGGGAGCUGUAA